GUGGGUGAAAAGCAGAAGGAAGAUGAGAGGAUAGAGGAGAUGGGAACUGCAGCUGCAUGACCGGGAAUGAAGGCGCAACAAUGCCCUGUGAGAUGUGCGGAGGCUCCACCACGUUUACGCGCGCCAGCAGAGGAGGCGAGACCCAGUGAGGGCUUUUAGAGAACAAGUGUGGGGAAAAGUGGAUCCCGUGCACAUCGACUCGGCAGAGACAGAAACGUUUGCCGCAAGAAGUCGUCUCUGAAGAUCUGCAGAGAUGAGGCUGAACUUUUCCACAAGCUGGAUUUUCCGUGGAUGGAUACCGUGCGUCCUCGUCGUCUAUUACGCACAGACUGCCCUCUGCAAAGCUCAGCAGUGUGAUGAGAAACACUACCUGAAAUUCAACAGAUGCUGCAAGAAGUGUGAACCAGGCUUCUAUGUGUAUUCUGACUGCACCGAUUCCGACCAGACGAUAUGCCGGAGGUGCAAUUCCGGCGAGUACCAGCCCGGCUGGACUGAGGAGAAGCGAUGUCUUCAGCAGAGGUUCUGCGAUAAAGGGAAAGGUUUUAUGGAGCGGCCCGAGAACCCCGUGGCGGAGGAGCCGUGCCGCUGCCGCCCUGGCCACCAGUGUUUUCCCAUCAACUGUGAGUUCUGCGAGCGGAUCCCCACCUGCGGCGCCGGCUACGGACUAGAAACCGACCCUGAUUCUACAACUGGAAGACAGAUCUGCGUCGCCUGUAAGAAAGGCUUCUUCUCUGCCGGCAGCAACACUGAACAAUGCAAACAGUACACCAAUUGUAAGGCUGAGGGAAGGAGCGAGACGAAGCCAGGCAGCGCUCAGUCCGAUGCAGAGUGUGGACCUCCUGAGAUCGUUCCAACACCUUCCUGGGUCAUAGUUUCCGUGCUGUCGGUCAUCACCAUCCUGUCUCUGGUCAUCCUGGUCCUCUUCUGCUACAAAGACAAGCUGAAUUUACUCUCUGUAAAUCUGAGAUCCUGUGUCCAGAAUCUGAAGAGGACCCGGAUACAACAGGAGACUUUGGCCCCUCUUUAUCACAGUGGGGCAGGAGGAGGAGGCCCCGGGGGCCCUAAAUGUACGCCGUGCGAGAUGACGAAGCUCAUCUGCCAGGCGCCCCACAGCCCCGCUGACGAUCCGGCCUGCACCUUCCCCACCCCUGCUCCCGAAGUCAAAAUCUCGCUGCCCUUCACUGAGGAGGCGACCGAGAAAGAGGGGAUGAACGGGAAGACGGCGGUGGAGGAUCGGAGCGAGGGCUCCGGAGAACCGGAGGAGGUGUCGGAGGAGGAGGAGGUGGAGGAGGUGGCGAGCGUGCCUCCGCUUGUGGCGGGGUCGUGCGUCUGCCUCAUUCCCAUCCGCGAGCCCCUGGAAGUAGGAGAAAACGAGGACUGCAGCCAGGCCGUCAGCCCGGGGACGCCGGGGACCUGCUCCUGUGGAGGGCUGGACGGAGACCGGGACGGAGCCGAGAGGAGCAGAGAGCAGACCAGUGAGAACAGGAGAGAGGGGGCAGAAAAGGAUGGUGGGAAUAAAGAAAGCGCCUCCACCGCAAGUGAAACGGGCGUUUCGUCUCUCGUGUCUCUCUCGCCUCCUCCCCUCCAAACCUCCUCCGUCUCGCCGCCGUCCAGUCCAGCUCCCGAACUCUGCCUGCCGCUGUCUCAGGCUCAGCUGAGGCCGGAGUUCAGGUCUCACCCGAGCGACUCGUCGUCGGUCAAGCAGGAGGGCUACCACAGACUGCCGAGCACAGACGCCUCCUCGGCGGGCGGCGGCUCGGCCUCGGCGUUGACCUCGGUCAGCCCCCUGAUGACCUCCUCGUCCGCCGGAGAGCUCUACCUGGACAAGCCGUCCGAGGCGGCGGGGCCGGACUCCUGGAGGCACGGCAGGGAAAGCAAGCUCCCCUCGGGGGAGUCGGAGCUGGAGUGCUCGCCGGAGAGCCUCCACAGUCAGCUGGCUGCUGAACCAACUCUUACCUCAGGUCAGGUGUCUGGGAAUCACAACACCACCUUCAUCUCCAGCGGUCAGGUGAUGAACUUCAGCGGGGACGUCAUCGUGGUCUACGUCAGCCAGACGUCUCACGGCAGUGACGGGGCCGGUCAGGACAAUGCCUUCGGGAGCCCGGUGCAGGAAGAGGCCAACGAGACGGCGCCGUUCUUCCAGAGCAGCCCGACGUCGCAGGGAGACUUCGUUUCCCACUGCACCUUGCAGGACGAGACGCUGCCAGUUCAGGAAGUGAUGGUGGAGCGGCCGCUGGGAAAGUGACCCUCCUCUCUGUUUUAAUGUUGUACGUCAGCAGCGAUCAUCUCCACAGCCGUGAAUUAAACCCAUGAUGCCUUCUGCUGGGUUUGUCCACAGUAAUCACCCUUAAAAUAUGGGUAGAUCAGCUUUUUUAAAAAAACAAAUUUUCCCAUUUCGUACAUCAGUUGCUGUAUCUUGCCUCAGGCAUCUAUUUCUAUUGGAAAGCUGCAGGCUUUUUACAAAUGGAAACUCCCUCCAUUCCAGACAAUGAUGGGGAAUUUUGUUGGGAAAUGGACGUGGACCUAAAGUUCAGACUGGAAGAACAUUUGGUUUUUAUUGUUGUGUGGAACCUGUUUGAAUUAGAUACCAAAAAAAAAAAAAAAAGUUUAUGUACAUUUUAUUUCCCACCUUU